AUGUACUCGGCAACACCAGGGUCGGGCCUACCUGUUACAGGGGCCGUUGGCGGGAGAACAGGGGCAGGAUUACCCGUUACAGGGUUACCAGGCGGAAUUACUGGGGGCAGCGCCACUGGGAGCACCAGCAGCACCAGCAGCAGCAGCGGCAUCACCGGAGGUAGCGCCGCGUUUGCCGCUCCCUCCUCGUCCCUGCACCUCUCCCCGCCUUUUCCGCGCCCUAAUGUCUCUGCAGCCAACACCAGCACUGCCAUCAGCAUCACUACUGGCACCGGUGGCGGCGCGGCCAGCUCUUCUUCAGUCGUCGAGGACCAAGGCGGCGGAACCGCGACAGUUGCAUCGGGUUUCUCUCCGCAUGUCUUCAACAUCCCGUCGGGCGGCGCGGCGGUGGGCGGAGGGACGUCCACGUGGCUGCAGGCGGACCAUCCACAUCACCACCAGGUGCUGAUCCCGUCCGCGGCGCACAAGCGCGCCACGUUCGUCUCGUCCGAAGGCGCGCAGCUCGCGGGCGGAAUAAGCGGCGGAAUUGGCGGCGCGAGCGCCGGAGUAGGCGGAUUAAAUCUAGGCGGGGUGAAUCUAGGACCUCCCGUUUCGUCUCCCACCCCCGAAGUAAUCACAAUCACAGUCCCGCCCGCAUGGGACGACCCCGCUACAGCGUCCUCGUCUGGGAUUGGUAGGCCGGGGCAGCAAACCCUAGAACGCGAGCAGCCAAUCCCAGCGCAGAGCUCGCGACCGUUACCCGAAGGGCGGGCGAAGGAACCCAAAGAGAAGGACGAGAAGGCGGAGGAGGAUUGGCGGAGAGGGCGCGUGAAGAUUCCACCACACGAUUACAGCCACGUGUCAGCAGCGUCCCAGGGGCUGUACGCGUUUGUAGAGGGACUCGUCUUCUACUGGUUUCCGCCAGACGAGGAGGAUUACGAAACCCCCCCCGGGACCACCUGGGUGGAGCUGGUAGCUCUCUCUAUCCUACUCCUCGGCGCUGCUGCUGCCCUCCGCUCCGCCUUCCCCCGUUUCUUCGAUCGCCUGGCGCUGCUGCUGCACACCGCGUUCCCCCGCUCCCGGCUCUUAGUUAAGCGGCUGCAAAGAGUGAAACGGGUGGUGGUGCGGGCGGUGGCGGAUGGUACCGGGUUUGGCAGGUUGGGAAUAGGGGCUGGGCUGGGCCGAGGGGGUGGGGGAGGCGGAGGCGGAGGGGGAGGGGGGAGUAUUCUCCCUUCCUGGGCGCAUUACUUGCCGUUUGGGGGGCUUGGUGGGGGAGGGGGAGGGGCGGCAGCAGCGGCGGCAGCAGCAGCUGGAGCGGGGAUGGGGUAUGCGUCUGGCCCUCGGCCGUUCAGGCUAAGAGGCACAGGAGGCACGGGGAACUAUUCUGCUCUGGAUAAGAAGUUUGCGUCUAGUGGGGGCGGCAGCUGGGAGUAUCUUGGGUACAGUCGUAGCGGCAGGGGCGGCGGGAGAGGGAUCAGCAACAACGGCAGUGGUUCCGGUGGUGAUGAUGGUGGUAGUGGCACUGGUGCAGCCGGUGAGAGAGACAGAGACCGGGAGGGUGGUUCGGAUAGUGGAGGUGGGGAGGGGUCCUCCACAGCUGCUGCCGGACCUGCAGGUGCGGCAGGUCUUUCGUCUCGUAGCGCCUCCCGGGCGGCAUCUGGGUGCGGGAUACACGUGUAUGCCAACGGGGACCGGUACGAGGGAGAAUUUUACCAGGGCAGAUGCUCGGGCAGCGGAGUAUACAUAUUUUCGGGCAGCGGGCGGUAUGAAGGCGACUGGGUGGAUGGAAAAUACGAUGGGUAUGGGAUUGAGACUUGGUCGCGGGGGAGUCGAUAUCGAGGGCAAUACAGGAAGGGGCUGAGGGAGGGGUAUGGGGUGUACCGGUUUUAUACCGGGGAUGUGUUUGCGGGGAUGUGGGCUAAGGGGCAGAGCCAUGGGGUGGGCGUGCAGACUUGCGGCGAUGGCAGCAAGUAUGUCGGGGAGUUUGCGUGGGGCGCCAAGCAUGGAUUCGGCAAGUAUACUUUCAGGAACGGCGAUACCUACGCUGGGGAAUAUUUCGCAGAUCGCAUGCACGGGUACGGGGUGUAUGAGUUCAGCAACGGGCACCGGUACGAGGGCGCGUGGCAUGAGGGGCGCAAGCAGGGCCUGGGCAUGUACACCUUCCGCAACGGCGACAUGCGCGCCGGCUACUGGCACCUCGGUGCUCUCGAGACCCGCAGCACCAACACCCUCCCCGCCUCGCCCACUGGGAGCGGCUCGGGUGGAGGGGGGAUGAUCGGGACGGUGGGGGGUGGGGGAGGUGGAGGGGUUGGGAGUGGUGGGGUUGGGGGGCCGGGCGGGGUGGGGGUUGGUGGUGGGGAGAGUGGGGCUGGGGGAGCGGCAGGUGCAUUGGGUGGUGGGGCAGGGGCAGGGACAGGGGGAGGAGCGGGGAUGGCGGGAGGGGUGGCAGGAGGGGCGACAGCAGGGCCGGGAGGAGGCCCGGGAGUGUCGACAGAGUUGCUGGGAGGAGGAGGGGGAGGCAGUGGGUUGGUGUCGCCGGUACGGACUCCUUUGUCUGCUGGUGGGAUGGGGCUGUCCACGCCACUAACGCCGCACACGCCGCACUCGGCCUCGUCACCCAACGCUGUCAACCACUCCCGCGUGCUUCAUGCCGUUCAGGAGGCACGACGGGCAGCAGCAAAGGCGGAAAAUGUGUUGAGAGUGGAUGACAGGGUGUCUAAGGCAGUGUCUGCAGCCAAUCGAGCCGCCGUGGCUGCUCGAGUAGCAGCUGUUAAGGCCAACCAGAGAGGGUCGAAUCAUUCAUGA